AUGUCCGUUGGCGUUCCGUUUGCUGGCUCCACCGGCAUAGGGUUCACCACCGAAGGCGAUUCCGAUCCGAGCGAAUAUUUAGACAAGGAACAAGAGGAACUUUCUGACCGUGGCAUAUCCAACGACAAGAGCGAAGGCAAACUUCCGCUUUUUCGCAUCUGGUAG